AUGUCCGUAUCGACCGUAGCACGUGUCCUUGCAGGUGCAGCGGGUGUUACGAUAGCGACACUCGCUGGGCUUCUGUAUGUGUAUCAGACCGCGUUAAUCUACCCAGCAUCAUUCCCUGAAGGCUCAAGGACGAUUGUCGACUCGCCUUCUCAGUAUGGCAUGCCAUAUACUGAGCAUCGUCUUGUGACGCCAGAUCAGAUCAAGCUGCAUGUGUAUGUGAUUCCGCACGAGGAUGAACAGCCACGUCCCACGGUGCUGAUGCUGCAUGCGAAUGCAGGCAACAUGGGCCACCGUUUGCCAAUUGCCCGGGACUUUUUCCAUCGUCUUGGCUGUCACGUGGUGAUGUUAUCGUACCGUGGCUAUGGCCUGUCGACCGGCGAACCCACCGAACCUGGGCUCCGUAUCGAUGCGCAGACGACGCUAGACUGGAUUCGAAAGCAUGCGAAACUCUCUCACACCCCCGUCAUCGCAUAUGGGCAGAGCAUUGGUGGGGCCGUGGCCAUUGACUUGGCUGCUCGUAACCCCGAAACUGUGCGUGCCCUGAUUGUAGAGAACACAUUUUUGAGCAUUCCGAAACUGAUCCCUUCUGUGUUGCCGAUGCUUCGACAUUUCACAUUCUUGUGUCGUACGUAUCGAUUUGCUGCUCACUCUCCCCCCUCCCCUGUUAUCUGA